UGAUUCAGCUGGUUGGAGUAACCAAAUCAAGUUCAAAACUCCACCUGCCGGAGGAUCAGAUGAAGUCAAAUUUCUUGCAUUUGGUGACAUGGGAAAGGCUCCCCGUGAUGCUUCUGCCGAACACUAUAUUCAGCCAGGAUCGUUAUCUGUGAUCAAAGCCAUGGCGGAUGAAGUAGCUUCUGGGAGUAUAGACUCAAUAUUUCACAUAGGGGACAUAAGCUAUGCCACUGGAUUCCUAGUAGAAUGGGACUUUUUCCUACAGCUUAUCAGCCCUGUGGCUUCUAAACUUUCUUACAUGACAGCCAUUGGAAAUCAUGAGAGGGAUUACAUGGAGUCGGGAUCAGUUUAUGAGACCCCGGACUCAGGUGGGGAAUGUGGAGUUCCUUAUGAAACUUAUUUUCCCAUGCCAACACCUGCAAAAGAUAAGCCAUGGUAUUCUAUUGAACAAGGAAGUGUUCACUUCACAGUUAUUUCUACAGAACACGACUGGUCUAAAAAUUCAGAGCAGUAUGAAUGGAUGAACAAGGAUAUGGCAGCAGUCGACCGAUCAAAAACUCCUUGGCUAAUAUUUACAGGCAUGGAUUUUUGGUAUGAAAAGAGCAAUUUUAAGACUUCAAUGGUUCCAUCAAGGCACAGGCCUAUGUAUAGUUCCUCUGAAGGCCUCAUCCUUCCAAGUGUCGACGAUAAAUUUGUUGAAGCCGUAGAGCCAUUGCUAUUAGGCAACAAGAAACAAUGCAAGGCAAUGCCCAAGAAAGAUGAAAAUGGGAUAGACACAUAUGAUAACACCAACUACAGUGCACCAGUUCAUUCAAUUAUUGGAAUGGCCGGCUUUACUUUGGACAAGUUCCCUGCUGGUGCUGAUAGUUGGAGUUUGUCACGGAUCUCUGAAUUUGGAUACGUUAGAGUACAUGCAACACAGGAAGAAUUGAAAUUUGAGUAUGUGAAUGCAAAUACAAGGAAAGUUGAAGAUAGCUUCCGGAUCACCAAAAGCCAAAGGACAUAG